AUAGUUUUAGUUAUAUAUUUGAAAAAAUAUUAAUAUUGUUAAGGUUAAUCGUUCCUUUUUCGCUAAGUUUCGAUUAAACGGAUAUUCCAAAACUAGAGCAAGUUACAUUCAUCUUUAAAACUAAGUUAUCUGUAACAGGCAUUUUUAGGUUGAUAUGGCGUUGACAUGACAUUUUAAAUGAUGGUGAACUGCCAUGGCUGCGGCGUAUGUAUGUUAUGCUUAUCUAUAAACUUGUUAUGAAUGUAAUAUAAUUGACAAUAUUUAAGAAUAUGACUACCUACCAGAAAUUUGUGUCUGACUAUUGCAAGACAUGGGAGAAAUCAGGAAAAGAACAGUUUAUUAAAACAGUUACUCAAUAUGUUAAAGAUGAAGGGAAAACCCCAUUGUUUAGUAAAUCAGGAAAGUUGUCAGGGUUGUCACAAAGCAUAUAUGAUGUAUUGCUUUGUGGUCUUCGCGGUAACUUGAAGAAGGAUGCUGUUGUAGCUAUACUUCAUGAUAUUACUACUCUACAUGCCGACAUACCCUCAAUAAUCUUAGAUGUUACAUGCAUACUUGAUGCAGAAACUUGCACAGAUGUGCAAAGUGAAGACAGAACAAACUUUUGUUACAUAGUCAGAGAAUUAGAAUCUUUUAUAUCUGAUAAAUUACUUAAGGAGCGACUUGAAAUUGACACUUUACAAGAUGUUGGGACAUUGAAAAAUAAAAACUUUUAUACUAAGUUUAUUAAAAUAAAAACCAAGUUAUAUUACAAACAACGUAAGUUUAAUUUGUUUAGAGAGGAAAGUGAAGGAUAUGCAAAGUUAAUUGUAGAAUUAAAUCAGGAAAUCACAGAAGACACAGAAUGGAAAACACUAUUAGAAAUAAUUCAAUCUUUAAUAGGUUGUUUUAAUUUAGAUCCAAACAGGGUUCUAGACAUAAUAUUAGAAUCUUUUGAAGCUAGACCUCAUCUAGAUAAACUGUUUAUAUCUCUUAUUAAAAAUUACAUGGUUGAUCCACAAGUUAUAUCCGAAGUUUUGGGUUUUAAACUUGGAAAUAUGGAGGUACUUGAAAAUUAUAAGGAACCACCUUCUUUAAUGACUAUAAUAGCUUUAUUGUUGCAACAUGGGGUCAUCUCUUUGGAUGAUAUUUAUCCAUGGUUGCGUCCCGACGAUAUAAUAAUGGCUAAAGAAGCUGAAAAGGAGGUGAAGUCAGUACAGGACUACAUUCGUAAACUGAGUAUUGUAUCAACAAAAGGACCACAAGCUAAUGGAUCCACUGAUUUUAUUGAAGAGAAGGCAGAUCCUCAGGAAUACUGGAGUAAUCAGAAGUUAGUGUUAUGCGAGGCGUUGCUCAAGGUGAACGCGUGGCGCGAGUUCUCCGCACUGUCGGCGCGGCUGCCCACUACUGGUAUGGCACCUCGGCCCGCACUGGCUCUAUGUGCUAUGUUACAUGCACUCAUAGAGCCACUCUAUCGAACACAUUGCCGUGUAGCACCAAAAAUAAUAGGAAUACCAGUACCACCAUUGAAAUCUAAUCUCGCUCCUAGAGCUUGUAAAACCUUCCUAGAUAUGAAGGAGACCGUCAUCCCAGCUUUGAUAAUAUUGGGGUCGUCUUUACAUCACGAUCCUGUUUUAAUGUACAAAAUAAUUCGUAUACUACGAACGUCUCGUUCAUUGCUCGAAGAUCCGUUGCAUUAUGAAGCUAUCACUGUACUGGAUGCAGCAAUUCUUCCAGCUCUCACACUUAUGGAGGGAAAUUGUUGUAUGGCCGAAGAAGUGUAUACUUUAUUGAAGCUUUAUCCAUAUCAAUGCAGGUAUUGUUUAUACUCUCGCUGGAAAAACGAGUCUGGUGAAAAAAUACCAGCUCUGAUGCGUGUUCGAGGUAAUUCCUUGCAAAGAAUCAAGCAUAUCAUGAAGCGUGUGUCGAAGGAGAAUAUAAAACCUCAGGGACGUUUGAUUGGCAAACUGUCUCAUGCUGCACCGGCUUUCCUCUUCGAUUAUAUGCUUCUGCAGAUUCAAACAUACGACAAUCUGAUUGGUCCAGUAGUGGAAUCAUUGAAGUAUUUGACGUCAUUAUCCCUUGACGUGCUGGGCUACUGCCUGCUGGAGGCGCUGUGCGCGGGCAAGGGCGGCGGCGGCGCGGCGCACCCGCCCUGGCUGCAAGCGCUCGCAGCCUUCGCCGGGGCAGCCUUCAAGAAACAUAACAUUGAACUGACCGCUCUACUGCAGUUUGUUGCCAACAGACUAAAAGCACAACAAAGUCAAGAUUUAUUGAUUUUGAAAGAAAUUGUACAAAAGAUGGCUGGCAUUGAAGCCGCUGAGGAGAUGACUCCUGACCAACUAGAUGCUAUGGCUGGAGGUGAACUCUUGAAAGGGGAGGCUGGGUAUUUCUCUCAAGUUCGUAAUACAAGAAGAUCUUCAGCUCGUCUCAAGGACGCAGUGGUAGGCAACAAUUUGGACAUCGCUCUGUGUAUACUAUCAGCUCAACAACGCCAUUGCUGUGUGUGGAAAGGCUACGGCACCUUCCUGUGCCAGGUGCUGGGCACGGCCAUGCGCUGGCACGCGGACCGCGCCGCCUUCCACCGCGAGUGCGCGCACUACCCCGGCUUCGUCACCAAGUACCGCGUCUCCAACCAGUUCACCGAGGCCAACGAUCACGUCGGAUACGAAAACUAUCGACACGUGUGUCACAAGUGGCACUACAAGAUCACGAAGGCGAUGGUGGUGUGCCUGGACUCGGGCGACUACGUGCAGAUCCGCAACGCGCUCAUCGUGCUCAUCCGCGUGCUGCCCCACUUCCCCGUACUGGGGAAACUAGCGCAGAUCAUUGAGAGGAAAGUCGAAAAGGUAAAAGAAGAAGAAAAGACUCAACGUCAAGACCUGUACGUGCUGGCAACUGGCUACAGCGGACAGCUGAGGAAUAAAGUUCCCAACAUGAUGAGGGAGUGCGACUUCCAUCAGAUCGGAGAUCAGCAGAAGGUGCUGGCUGCGGCUGCAGCACCAGCCGCUGCUAAGGAGGAUUCUGCACCCGUCAAGCAGGAUACAGAAGCAACCACCUCCCCGCAACCCGUUGUUGUUUUAGAUUCGGAUAAAAGAGAGUCGAGGAACAGCGACAGACGUCGCGAGGAGGCUGACCGCGAUAAAGAAUCAAAACGCGAGUCCAGAUCAUCCCUUAAAGAGAGAAGUAAAGAAGAAGCAAGAAGUAAAGAAAGAUCGCCCAGAGAUCGUUCACAUAGAGAGGAGCGUUAUUUGGAAGCCGUGUCACCUCCGCAUGACCACCGCCAUCCGCCUGACGAUAUAGAUCGUGACGUGAAGCGUCGCAAAGUAGAAAGCAGCGGCUCAGGCAAGGGUAGCAAAGAUAUCGAGGAACGUUCGCCAGAAAAGGAAAAGAGGAAGUCUAAAAUAAGAGGAGACGAGCGUAAAGAGCGUAAGAUGAGCCGCAAGAGGGAUAGAGCAGAAGAGACUGCGAUUUUAGAACAAAAGAGGCGUCGGGACGAACAAAAAGCUGUGGUGAAAAUGGGCAACCAUCAAAACGGUUCACAGGAGGACCACCACUAUGAAAAGUAUCAUAAACGGGAGAAAUCGCCUUUUCGAGACCGCUCCCACGAAGAACCAAGAGACAAACACAGGCGAUCAAAUGACUCGAAGUUAAGAAGAUAGAAACUAACAGAAUACAAUGAACAUUGAAGAGAUAUAAUAACAAUCGCAUAUUUAUGCGAGCAUCUGGAAUGUGACUAUUCAUAAGAAAUAAAUUUGGUGUUUAAU